UGAUCUAUGUUGGUUGUAAUCUGCAACUAUGGAUGUCAUUCAGCAAUUAUCAUCAAAUACUGAGGAAAGGAGAAAAUUGGUGUAUGCCACAAAUGUGGCGCUCACAGAUCUAGUUUGGGAUGAAAGAGAGAUACUUGGUCGUAUUGGAGUACAUAAUCUCGCUUAUGAGAAACAUGUAUCCUCCAGAAUAACAUUUAAUCAAUGGGAAAACUUUGCCGAUGUGGAAGCUUUCUGGGAAGAAGGAGACAAUUCAAUUGAUUUAUUCUCGUUUCGUGUCACUUGGCCUGAAGAAAGUACAAAUGCGAUAUUUGCACUCAGGGCUGUCCAAAAUGGAUGUACUUUUUGGGACAAUAAUAACCAAAGCAAUUACGCAAUACCCAGAAUAUUCACGCUACGUGCUCUAUCGCCGCCUUUGGAUUCCCAUGAACGAGAAAACCUAGACAACUUGAACAAAACAGAUACAGGACAAUUGGAACCUACGAAACGCAUCGAGGUUGAGUUGCAGCAAGACCAUUCAGAGAAUGAACAGAUAGAAUCUGUCUCACUUGUUAAAAAGAGUGAAGAAGACAUUUGGCCAAAUCCGUUCGAAAACAUACCUGAAUCGUCAUACAAAUAUACCGACGAUAAAUGUUCUGAAGACAAACCUAUUUUAUUAGACACAACAAUACCAUCAUCACACAGUUUGGAGACUGAGAUAAGAAAAUACAUUUUGUCAAGCGAACCUAUUGUGAACGAAACACAAGAUUCUGACAUACUACAAGAAGAAUCUGGUAUUGCAGAGACGAAGGAAGAACCAAAGAAAAAGAAAGGAUUUUUCCGUAGAAUUGCUAAAAUUUUUUCUGUAAAAAAACUUAAAAAAUCAAAAAAAUAAAUUUUCAUUUCACAAGCAA